UGGUUCUUUUUAACCUAUUAAAUAUCGAUGAUUAUUUACAAUUUAUAUUUUUUAGAAUUUAAGUUAAUUUCGCUGUUUUAAUAUGGCUGAAGUCUCCAAGAAAGCCGAAUACAAAUUCGUGGAGCCCCAGUCAAAAAUCUACACGUUUUCAGACGUAUUAUCCGAAAAAAGAAUCAUAUAUCAAGUAGUGAAAAUGCAAGAUAGCUUACUCGUAUUCGUUAACGAUAAAGACCAAAUGGACUGCAACAAUUUAGCAUUAGCUAUGCUUAGUCGAUUUAGCGAUGUCCCUAGUUGUACUACUUUGAUGGGAAACAUCAUGGAACAGUGCGGAAGCAACAUAGCCAGGAGACUGUCGAAGAAACUCAACAAAGCAGUGUUUUUAAGUUUUAAUUUAGCCGAAGACAGACUAUUAGUGCCCCUCGUAGAAAAAAGACUAUUAGAAGAGAUUCAACGGCAUCCUGAGAACUUCUAGGUUAUUAGGAAAGAAAGACUGUUUAUAUUUUUACACACAUUUAUUUUUCAAUGUCUAAUAAAAAAUUAGUAUGUGAUUUUUAUAAUAAUAAGAUAGAUUUUUCUCUAUAUAUAUAUAUAUAUAAAUACAAUAAUAAAAACAGAAACAAUCGAAUUUCGAUAAAAAAAUUUCCAAUAACAUGUUUCAAUGUAAAUAUUGCCAAUUCCUUAUAUUCGUGAUUUCUUUAUAUCCCAAAAUAUAUAAUUCUCGUGUUUGAAACUUAAAUACUUUCUUUCAAGCAUGAAGUCGAUAUAUAUCUUUUUAUAUUCUUUUCCUCGAUUAUUAUAAAAAAUAUGUACAUUAUACAAUGGCAGUCACUGAGCUAUUUCUCUCUAAAAAAUGCGCGUAAUGAUGAACAGUGAUUCACAAAUAACAUGCCUACUAUAAUCCAACAAACUCUAGUUUUUUUUUUCUAUAUUAACUUUUUCUUUACCAUCUACCAGUGUAAUCUCUAAUAGAUUUUAAUGAAAAAUAAGUACCGCACGAUAACGAGGGGAAAAACGGCAUCAGAGUAGGCUUAGAAUGUCAUUCAUCGUAAUUUCAAAGCUAACUUAACGCCGUUUUUUUUCUCGAUCGUACAGUAGAUAUAUUCACGGUUUUUAAAUGUUUAAGUCGAUUUUAUGAUGUUAUAAUUACCAUUAGAGUGUUUGAUUUUAUGUUUCUACAGUUCAUUUUGUAGAAAAUACGAUUUCUUCAAGUUGGACUUAUACGAUCGAAAAAAAACGGCGUCGAGUCUGCUUAGAAAUGUGUGACGGCAAUUUUAAUUUCAUGCCAACUCUGACGUUAUUUUUUCUCUAUCGUACAGUAUUUUCAUAGUCGAAUGAU